ACUCAACCAGAAAAGGGUUAAGUAUUUCACAGAUUGUAAGGUUCGAUCGAAUUUACCCUGUAGCAAAUGAAAAAUCACUGAAAUCUAAAUCAACCUCAACACAUAAACUGUAGACCAUUAGAGCGCUCUUGACCUACGCCACGCACUAGUAAUGAGCUGCGGAAUCCAUUAUUAGUCACCCGUUAAAACUAUCGCUCAUAAAUAUCUAGCUUCGUAACCUUGAAUUUACAUUUAAAUAAUAACAGUUCAAUGAACGUUGAGCAAAACAAGAUAUACCUCAAUAAGUUUUAUACACUGCGUUGACGCACAUUAAUAUUAUAGAAAACAUGUGACGGUCAUUACCCUGUUGUUUAUUGCGUUGAAUUAGUUCAGCGUUAUCUUGCCAUGCUUUUUGUAUACAUUACUCAUCAACAAUUACGACUAGACAUAGUGAUCUACAUAACCUAUCAUAACAAUUUACGGUUAUUUAUUAUAAACAAAGAUAUGAAUAGAAACGUACUUUACGUAGGCGUUUACAACUCGUUGCUGACGUACGCUUGAUCGUAACCUUGAUAGUACUUGAGGGCAUGAAUGGAAAUCAGUAAUGGGUCAUAGCUAUUGCCUAGGGAACGAUAUUGCACAAUGUUCAGCAAAUAAAUUGAAAUGAAACGAAUUGUUGUUAAUAUUUACACUGAGAUAUGAAAUGACUGCAUUUUUUAUUACCAACUGUUGACAUAGAGAUAUAAAAAGGCUAUCAUGUGAUCCCAGAUAGGCAGUAAAAUAAGCAAUUUAAUAGCAUAACAAAACGGUGACAUUAUUACUAUCUGUUGAAAAUGUGACAUCGGUGCACGCUAAGAACACAUGAAAAAUGUUUUUAUUACUGUACCAAAGUAUAAGAGUUCAUUUUUAUAACUCUUGGCCGUGAUAAAUCUGUUAUAACAUAUCAAAUCUGCCAUAAAUUUACAUCGUUUUAUGAAUAACUAACAAACGUAAAAAUUGAAAGCAUGUAUAAAAGCAUCAAAACAUCGGGAUUUUAAGAAAAAUAAUCAAAAGCAUGAUAUUUGUUUUUAGAAAUAAUUUUACGAUUAUCAGUUGCGGUUGGCCCUCAUUAGAUUGCAGACGGUUUUCUGGAUCGCAAGUGUGCAACAAAGUAGCGAUGGAGGAGAAUGGACAUGUUCAGAAUGGUGUAGAGUACCUAGACGUAGUUAGCCAAGAAGGACAUACUUUUCACUAUAUCUGCCGUGAGGGGAAUAUGAACGAGCUGGUGGAUAUGGCGCCUGUCAUUAUCCGAAACAGAGAUCUAUUGUUCCUGUACGAUCACGAAGGAAGACAGUGCAUCCAUAUCGCUGCGGAGUAUGACGUUUCUAAUGCCAUGAUGAAGAUCGAACUACUGGUGGUGUUGGGUGCAGAUGUAAAUUCACGGGAAUUGAGUUUUGGUAAUACGUUACUCCACAUUGCUGCAGCUACUGACAAUUACCAAUUGGCUGAAUGGCUGUGUAAAAAACCCGGUGUUGAACUUGGCGCGAUAAACUACCUUCACAAAACGGCCUAUCAUAUUGCAUAUGAACGUCGGAAUGCAAGAAUGAUGGAAAUUUUGAGGGUCAACGGUGCAGUUUGUGACAACCCUAUUGAUGUGGACGAAUCUGACGAAACUUCGAGUGAAACUAUUGAGGGCAUAUUAAUUUAAUGUUUGUAAGUGUUAAAUGCUUCGUUACUUUUUAUCUCAUUUUA